CGGGUACACUUUCUAUCGCAAUCCGGUUUCUUGCGGUUCGGAAUAAGGGGCGGAGGCGGGGGCGGGGGGUCUAUAAAGAAAGCCCCAAAACCCGAACUCCAACAGGUUUUUCAAGCGAAUUUUUAGGUGGUCUUCACUCCGACUGCAUAUGCCACGGGCCCACGUGGAUGCAUUGCACCGCGCUCAACGGUGGCGCGAUUCUGACUGAGUUAGCAUGCUAGCUAACAAAAUGUAUUUAUACUCCACCCAUCUCCAACCGGCUGUAGCGACUAGUCAAUACCCCAUAUUUAGGGGUGAGCUGUAAAACCCAACUUCUCUAUUGGACUUUUCCGUUCAAUUCCUCACUAUCCACCCGCUGGAAGAUUGUUGCAUUGGGAGGGCCAUAACAAGAAGAGUGUACUCUGGUAGGAACCCAGUUUUGGAUUCGGGAUUUAAGGCCCACAAGGGGGUUGGGGGUUUAUACCACAAUCAUUUGAUCCCUAAACCCACCAUGCCUGGCAUCUCGGUCAGUGUUUUGGUCACUUUUAAUAAAAAUGUUUGCCUUUUAUUUUAUGUAAAUCGUGGCAGUUCUUGAAUUUGGCUUUCUACCUCAACACUCCAUUUUCAUUCUCCUCCCAGACGUCUUAACACUAGCAGUAUCUGACGGCCCUCGUCUCCCCUUAUCCAUCAUCAACCUCGGUGCGCAGCGCACUGUGGUCAUCUCUCGCGGGGGAAAAUAUAAGAUAAUAGGAACCACCUUACUCGGACAAAGCGAGGCUCCGACAAGAGAACGGUGAUCUGUGUUCCCUUUCCAAAUAGCAAACGAGCUCUGUGGCAAUCGAAUCCUCAAAACAGACCGGGCUCCGGUGCUCGCCAUGCCCGGCCCGGCGGCCGGCAGUAAAUCUCGGGUGUAUGCCGAUGUCAACACGUUGAAGAGCAGGGAAUAUUGGGACUACGAAACCCACGUGCCUAACUGGAGUAACCAGGAAGACUACCAGUUGGUGCGGAAGCUCGGCAGAGGGAAGUACAGUGAGGUCUUUGAGGCCAUCAACAACAAUGAGAAGGUGGUUGUCAAGAUCCUCAAGCCUGUCAAGAAGAAGAAAAUCAAGCGUGAAAUCAAGAUCCUGGAGAAUUUGCGAGGUGGAGCCAACAUCAUCCGAUUGGUGGACACAGUGAAAGACCCUGUGUCCCGAACGCCUGCGCUUGUCUUUGAAUGCAUCAAUAACACAGAUUUUAAGGAGCUCUACCAGAAGUUAACAGAUUUUGAUAUCCGUUUUUACAUGUAUGAACUACUUAAGGCUCUGGACUACUGCCACAGUAUGGGGAUAAUGCACCGUGAUGUCAAGCCCCACAAUGUGAUGAUUGACCACCAGAUGAGGAAGCUACGUCUAAUAGACUGGGGCCUUGCAGAGUUCUACCAUCCUGCACAGGAAUACAACGUCAGAGUAGCAUCUCGCUACUUUAAGGGACCUGAGUUACUGGUGGAUUACCAGAUGUACGACUACAGUUUGGACAUGUGGAGUCUUGGCUGCAUGCUUGCCAGUAUGAUCUUUCAGAAAGAGCCCUUCUUCCAUGGCCAGGACAAUUAUGACCAGCUAGUCCGAAUUGCCAAAGUCCUGGGGACAGAUGAACUUUUUGGUUACCUGCGCAAAUACCACAUUGAACUGGACCCACGCUUCAAGGACCUUCUUGGCCAACAGACGCGGAAACGCUGGGAGCAAUUUGUCCAGACCGAGAACCAGCACCUGGUUAGCCCUGAGGCUCUGGACCUGCUGGAUAAGCUGCUGCGCUACGACCAUCAGCAGAGACUGACGGCCACAGAGGCCAUGGAGCACCCCUACUUCUAUCCUGUGCUGAAGGAACAGUCUCUCUCUAAUGCGGAUGGCAAUAUGAUGUCCAGUGGAUCCACUACGGCUCGAUGAAAGCAGGAGGAUUUUUUUUUACCUCGACUUUUUAGCCCUUUGUGGCAGAAACUUCUUCAAGUGUACAGUGACAAUGGAUCAGAGCGACACCAGACACACACCUUCUCUUUGUCAGUCUGAGGUUGACUUGCCCCAGUUACAUGUCAAGCAGCCAGACCAAUGAGCUUGGUGUCUCACUGCUGCCCCUGUCCUUCUCUGCCCCCUCCUCUUAUCACGAGGUAAACAGAAAAUGUUCAAAGACAAGAAAAAGAGGAUCCUUCCCUGUCAUUACCCCCCACCCCCUUGGCCCCCCUCCCUCGUUUAACUAAGCAUGGAGUAUGAAAGGGAACGUGAGCCUGCCACCGUCCCCCCUCCUUGGUCAGUCUGUCUGUUCAGUGUUCAGCCACUUGGCAGGCCUAUGCUCAGACUCCACACACUGUAGUACCAAAGUGUUAUGGUGGACCUUUUCUCUGCUCUAGAUAGAAUGAUAAUAUGAAUAAAAAUAAUACUUUUUUUUAUAUU